AUGGACGACGUUGCGAAUGAUUCCGGGCACCGUCUCGGAACGCGCGACGGCGGCGACGACGACGACGACGACGCGGAAGAGGACGGCGCGCGGUUGACGAGCGAACCUUCGACGUCGGGCGCGUCGCUGAGAUACGCCACCGCGCGCGACGUGCCGUUUCGAAAGCUGUGCGGCGCGUUCGAGGCGUUGCAGAACGAACGCGGUCGGUCCAAGGCGACGAGCGCGCGGCGGUAUCGAGUGCUCGAUACACUGCACGAUCGAUGUCUCGUGAGCGCGCGCGAUGGAACCCGCGUCGACGCGUUCGACGCGUAUCGGUUGAUACUGCCGGCGUUGGACAAGGAACGAGGGGCGUAUUUCUUGAAACACGACGCGUUGGCCAAGGUGGUGGUGUCGGCGUUCGACAUGUCUCGAGCGAGCGAGGACGCGAAAAAGUUGGAGGAUUGGAAACGAAAGGGUGGCGGUAACUUUCCGCAAGUUGUUCGAGACGUUUUGGCGGGUGGACAUCUCGCGGAUCGUGAGAAAGAUGAAGACGCGCGCACGUUGACCAUCGGAGACGUGAACGAGGCGUUGGACGCAUUGGCGGCGUGCGAUAACAAGGAUCAGCGCGCGUCGACGCUGCGGGCGCUGUUUUCAAAGAUGGAUGCGACGCAAGUGAAAUGGACGUGCGCAAUCAUAUUAAAGGAAACAAAAAUUUCAAUGGGAGAGAAGGCGAUAUUGCGUCAUUAUCACUCCGAAGCGAAUGACUUGUGGGAUUGGACUAGCGAUUUGCGAAGAGUUUGUGAAGACUUACCGCGGCGAGACUUCCGGAUGAAGCGCGAGGACAUCGAUGUGGGCGUAGGUUUAAUUAAUCCUCAGAUGGCGAGAAGGCAAAACAGCAUCGAUGCCGUGUACCGCGCGUUGAAAGGUACGCAGUUUGUCAUCGAAACCAAAUUCGACGGCGAGCGCAUUCAAAUUCACAAAGACGGCGACAUCAUCAACUACUGGACGAGAAACAUGAACGAUUUUGGCCCUCGUGGCUACGAUGUGAUGAAUGCUCUCUUUCGUCAUUUGCCAAAGCGAUGCAUUCUCGACGGCGAACUCAUGGUUUGGAACAAGCUUCGCGAUCAGUCGUACCCGUUCGGCGCGUUGAAGAAUCUCAUCAAGGCUGCAAAUAUGCGCAAGGCCAAGGAUGAAUUGUUUCCACUCAAGGCACACCUCGAAAACCGUGAUGGUGGUGAUAGCGACGGUGAGGAGGAUCUCAUGAGCUCCAAGUAUGCGUGGUACGCCGAGAACGUAAAGAAACUCACGUAUGGAGACUUGGAAUUGGUCUACGUUCCGUUUGAUAUAUUGUAUGCCGUCGAUCGAAGUGUGAAGACUCAUAAGCUGAGAGAGCGGCAUGAACUUUUGAAAGAGCAUGUGCGUGAAGUAUCAGUCAUGUGUGGGAAUAUUCGUGCUAGAAUUCUUCUCGCGACGCCCGAUUGCGCGUUCUCACGUGUAGGCUCAACGAAGGAGGAUAUCGAGCGCGCGCUGUUAGAAGCGAUGGAUAACGGAGAGGAGGGAUUGGUAAUCAAAGAUCUCGACGGUCCAUGGAUACCAGGUGAUCGUAGCAAUAACUGGAUGAAAAUCAAACCAGACUACUUAUCGAGUGAAGAUUUGGACGUCGUUCUCAUCGGCGGCUAUUACGGCGCCGGUGAGUUGCGCGGGGGCAAAAUUUCGCAGUUCCUCUGUGGCAUUGUGGAGGCAACGAACGAUCCGAUUAGCACCGCUUCAGAUGGAGUCAAAAUCAUGAGCUUUUGCAAGGUAGGUACUGGUAUCAGCGCCAUGCAGCUCGACGAUUUGAGAAGUCGGCUAGGCGACUUCAUGCACAGAGAAAAGCCUCAAGACAUGAACUACAACGUCACGGAUGCUUACAACGAAAAGCCGGACGUUUGGAUCUGGCCUCCUCAGCGAUCAUUGGUUGUGACGGUGAAAGGUGACAUUCGUGCGAUUCGCACGACAACUUUCGCAACUGGUUACAGCCUGCGUUUCCCCCGCGUCACCGGUAUUCGAUAUGACAAAAAAUGGUCCGACAUCUUGACACUCUGCGAUCUCUUAAAGACGAUUGAAGAGGAAGUACCGACAUUGAAAGUGAAUAUCGACGAUACACGAGGCGGUACGAAUGCCCGAAAGCGUUCGCGCACGACGGGACCCGCGACGCUACUACCUGCACAUCUCAUGCCGGUUGACGUUUCGGGCGUCGUGCAGGAAUCUGAAAUCUUCAAAAACAUGCAAGUGCACAUCGCGAACUGUGAAAGUCGAGAACAAAAGCAGGAGCUGUUCAAAGCUGUCAUCGCACGUAGUGGUACUACGAGUGAGUUGUGGCACAAGCAUGUGACGCACAGCGUUGCGUUGAACCGCGACGGCUCAAAGUUCAGGACGGCGAGUCGGGAAGGCGAUGUGUACACGAUUGCCUGGCUCCAAGAGUGCAUUCACGAAGGACGUGUGGUACCGCCGAAACCUCGACAUCGCUUACAUCUCUCAGCGACGACGUGGUAUGGUACGGAUGCCAUGGAUCGAUACGGAGAUGAUCAUUUCUCGGACUGCAAUUUGGCCGACGUACACGCGCUCGUGCAUCAAGUUGGCGAUCAAACUAAGCGUUGGAAAACUGCCGAAGUUCCAGCAUUGGUGGAGCUCGAUCGCGAGUAUCCAUCGGUGUGUGCUGAUGUGAAACUUUUGACGUUUAGGGGUUGUGUGUUCGAGAUUGACGAUUCUCUCGGCAAAGAUGCGCGUGUUGAUGAGCAGAGUAGUAUGUUUCCAAGUGUGCUGGCGGGCGAACGUCGAAACGUCGAACAGAUUCUUCGGAUUUAUGGUGGAAAGCUCGCACCUGAAGGCAGAAUGGGGACACAUAUUGUGCGCAUGUACGAUGACUCCGUUGUCUUUGAAGAUAUGGAUGAUGGAAGAAAGCAAGUUUCGCUCUCUUGGGUGAAACGUUGCAUCGACCGGUCGACAACGGCUGAUGUAGUCUAA